AUGGCUUCCAGAGGAGUCGUGUUGCGUCUUCUGAGGCGCGAGGCACGGCCUGGCCCUUCUAGGCUCGCGAGGCCCUCCUCGACAUUAUGCUCCGCCCCGCGAACUUCAAUAACAACAUCUGGCAAACGAACGAAUAUUCGAUGCUCCGCGCUCUCAACACCGAGCCAGACCCGCGCAUUUUCACAGUCGCUCUCAAGGAAACUCACCGAUGAGAACGGCCACUUCGACCCUCGGCAGGUAGAGCGAGAGUCAGACGAGGUGGAUGUCUGCAUCGUCGGCGGCGGACCUGCUGGUCUCUCCGCUGCUAUUCGGUUAAAACAACUUGCCAAUGAAGCCGGGAAUGAAGAAUUCCGUGUUAUUGUUCUAGAGAAGGCUGGUGAGCUCGGCGCACACGUCCUAUCCGGCAAUGUCCUCGAACCUUCUGCGAUGGAAGAAUUAUUCCCGGACUGGCUGUCGGAAGAUAACCCUUCGCGGUUUGAAGGUGUCACGCCGGCCAAAGAAGAUAAGAUGCGGUUCCUGACCCAGAAUUCAUCCAUUCCAAUGCCCUCGCCGCCGCAGAUGAACAACCACGGGAACUAUAUUAUCAGUCUAAACGAGUUGACAAAGUGGCUCGGGGAGCGGGCCGAGGAGCUGGGCGUCGAGGUGUACGCCGGGUUCGCUGCCAGCGAGAUUGUUUACAAUGCGGACGGUUCAGUAAAGGGCGUGGCAACCAAUGAUCUCGGCGUCGCUCGGGAUGGUCAAGCCAAGGAUACGUUUGAGCGGGGAAUGGAGUUUCAUGCCCGUGUCACGCUCCUUGGAGAAGGUUGUCACGGUAGCUUGACCAAGCAGGUUUCUAAAAAGUACGACCUCAGACGGGACAGCCAACCACAGACGUACGGGAUUGGCAUAAAGGAGGUUUGGGAAAUCCAGCCCGAGAAGUUUCGAUCUGGUGAAAUUACACAUUCCAUGGGAUACCCACUCCCAAAGGAUACCUACGGCGGUGCAUGGAUGUAUCACUUUGGUGAGAACAUGGUCAGCAUCGGCUUAGUCGUCGGCCUUGAUUACCCAAAUCCGUGGCUGUCGCCUUACGGAGAGUUCCAGAAGCUCAAGCAUCAUCCUUUAUUCCGCGAGGUCUUAGAGGGCGGAAAGUGCAUCUCGUACGGUGCUCGAGCUUUGAACGAGGGCGGUUUUCAGUCCAUCCCUAAAUGCGCAUUUCCCGGAGGCGCGUUGAUUGGCGAUAGCGCCGGUUUCCUCAACGUCCCCAAGAUCAAGGGCACGCAUACGGCAAUGAGGUCAGCGAUGUUGGCAGCAGAGUCCACGUUCGCGGCUCUGCAAAAUGACACUGGGGGUACCGUCUUUCUCUUCGAUUACGAAGAGUCGCUCCGUAAGUCUUCAAUCUGGAAGGAGCUAUACGAAGUUCGCAACAUGCGACCUUCUUUCGGCACCCCUCUGGGUAUCUACGGGGGCAUUUUGUACUCCGGUCUUGAGGCCUACAUCAUCCGCGGCCGCGCACCAUGGACGCUCAAGCAUCACGGCACAGACGCAGCAUCCACCAAACUGGCAUCUGAGUGUGAGAAGAUUGAGUACCCCAAGCCCGACGGCAAAAUAUCUUUCGAUAUCCUGACUAGCGUGAGCCGAACCGGUACCAACCACGAAGAAGAUCAGCCGGUGCACUUACAGGUGGAAGACUGGGACAAGCACACGGAUAUUGCGUGGCCCAAAUACAAGGGCGUUGAGAACCGCUUCUGCCCUGCCGGAGUGUACGAGUACGUGGAGGAUUCAACCAAGCCUCACGGGGUUCGGUUUCAGAUCAAUGCUCAGAAUUGUAUCCACUGUAAAACAUGUGAUAUCAAGGUCCCUACCCAGGACAUCAACUGGCAGACUCCUCAGGGUGGAGAAGGACCGAAGUAUUUCAAGACAUAG